CGCUGGGGCUGGGAGCACCCCAGGGCAGUGGAAGGGAUCCCCGCCCACAGCAGCUCCCCGGUGCCCUAAUUAACACAAAAAUCCUUAAUUAGUGCCUCGUUACGCGCCCAUUAACUCCCAACCCCUCCGCAUUCCUUCCCUUCCCUCAGAAUCUCCCGCGCCCGGGCGAGACUACAACUCCCAUCAGCCCCCGCGCGCCGCAGAGCGAGGAAGGGCUGCUCUGUUCUCGCAUAGCACACUGGGAGUUGUAGUCUAAUGGCGGCCCGGCGCGGAGAAGUGCUCUCUCUGAUUGGCUGCAAAGCAACGGGGGCGGGUACAACCUGGAGCCGCGCGCUGUUCAACCAAUGGCGAGGGAGCCGAGCUGAUUGACGCGGCUCUCAGCCAAUAAGAGCGCAGGGCGGGCGGUUCGAAGGCGCGAGUCUGAAGGCGGGAAGCAGCCAUGGCGGAGGCGGCGCUGAGCAGCUCCGGAACGCCCCGGAAACGGAGCCGGGAGCCCGACAGCUCCUGCUGGGAAUUCCGGACCCCGCUGAGCAAACGGCCCCGAGCUGCUCCGGGAGCUGCAUCCCAGAAUUCCCCAAAUUCCCGGAAUUCUCCCAGCCCUGAGCAGGAAUCCCGGGAGAAACCGGCGCCGUCCCGGAGGCUGCGGCUCCCGGCGGGAAAUCCGGGAACUCCACCAGGAAAUCUGGGAACUCCACCAGGAAAUCUGGGAAUUGCACCAGGAAAUCCGGGAAUUGCCAGGAAUUCCCACGUUUCCGUGGGGGCGUUCUAUGGGCAGAGGAGUUACCUGGAUCCCCUGGAGAGGAAACGGCUGCGGGAGCUGCUGGGGGAGGGGAACGUCCCAGAAAAACCCGGGAAUUCCGGGAAUUUCUGGAAUUCUGGAGCUGGGAGGUUUGGCGGGAAAUCCGGCGGGAAAUCCAGGAAUUCCGGUGGGAAAUCUGGGAGUUCCAGGAAGAAUCGCAGCAGCUCCAAAGGCAAUGCCAAGGGGAAAAGCAGCGGGAAUUCCCGGAAUGCCAAGAUUGGGAAUUCCCAGAAAUCUGGCAUCGGGAAUUCCCAGAAAUCUGGCAUCGGGAAUUCUCAGAUGUCCAACGUCGGGAAUUCCCGGAUUUCCGGGAUGGGGAUUUCCCAGAAUUCAGGGAUUGGUGGGAAUUCCCAGAUUUCCAAUGUCGGGAAUUCUCAAGACUCCAAGCUUGGGAUUUCCCAGAAUUCUGGGAUUUCUGGGCUUGGGAAUUCCCAGAAUUCCGAGCACAGAAAUUCCCAGAUUUCUCAGGUUGAGAAUGCCAAGAUUGGCGUGAAUUCCCGGAUUUCCAACAGUGAGAAUUCCCAGGAUUCCCCGAUUGCUGACGCUGGGAAUUCCGGGCUCAAGAAUUCCCAGCUUUCCGGGGUCGGUGGGAAUUCCAAGGUUGGGAAUUCCGGGAAUUCCAGGCCCGGGGAAUUCCGGGUGCUGCUGGCGGGGGUGCGGCCGCGCCUGCGGCUCCCCCUGGGCUGCGCCUUCUUCCGCAGCGGGAGCAGAUCCCGGAAAAAAGCCGGAAAAUCCCAACAAACCCCGGGGGAGCCUCCCCAGGAACCGCCGGGAACGGCGCGGAAACUUCCAGAAGCGGCGGGAAAAGAGGAGGGGAAGGAAAACCGGGAAUGCUCCGAGGGAAUUCCUGGGAAAAACGGCCGGGAUUGCCAGGGGAAGGAGGAAUCCUCUGCAACGCGCCCGGAUUCCCGGGAUCCCCCGGCCCAGCAGGAAUCGGGCUCUCCAUGCCCAGCUGGGCUCUUCCCCAUUUUCCUGCCCAGCAGGAGGAGGCCCCUGGAGGAGCUCCCGGCUCCCUUCGGCCCCUCUGGAAAAGCUCCCAGGAGAUCCCGGGAAUCCUCGUGGGAUCAGCUGAUCAUUGACGCGGGGCAGCAGGGGCUGGGCCCGCGGCAGUGCGGAUCCUGCGGGAUGCUCUUCGCUCCCGGCAUUCCCGAGGAUCGGCUCCAGCACCUGCGGCACCACCGGAGGCUGCGGCAGGCCCUGAGACACGCGGGCUGGAAGCAGGAGCGUGUGGUGGCGGAAUUCUGGGAUGGGAGAAUCCUCCUGAUCCUUCCCGACGAUCCCAGAUACGCCCUCAGGAAGGCCGAGGAGGUUCUGGCCGUGGUGGAUUCCGAGCUGGGUUUCCCGGAGCAUUCCCGGCCGUUCCCGGAGCAUUCCCGGCUGUACCUGUUCGUCAGCCCCGCGCAGUUCGUGCUCGGCUGCCUCGUGGCCCAGCCCAUCCGCCAGGCAUUCCGGGUGCUGCCGGAGCCGGGCUUGGCGCCAUUACCAGACCCCCAGGACCCCCAGCACUCCCAGGACCCCCAGCACUCCCGGGACCCGCAGCAUUCCCGGGCGGAGCCGGGGCCGGGCGCGGAUUCCCGGGAGCCGUGGGCGCGGGCCUGGCGCUGCUCGCUGUCGGCGGAGCCGGCCGUCUGCGGGGUCAGCCGGCUCUGGGUGCUGGGGGCGCGCCGGCGCCGCGGCAUCGCCCGCAGGAUGCUGGACUGCCUCCGGCGCACCUUCGUCUUCGGGGCGGUGCUGAAUUCCCGGGAUUUGGCCUUUUCCGACCCCACUGCGGACGGCAGAGGCUUCGCCGCGCGCUACUGCGGCCGCCACGACUUCCUGGUCUACAGCCCCCUGCAGCACGGCCCCCCGCCGGCAGCACCGGGAUCCACUCCGGGAUCGGCACCGGGAUCAGCACCAGGAUCACCAGGAUCCGCGGCACCGGGAUCAGCCACACCGGGAUCAGCACUGGGAUCAGCCACACCGGGAUCAGCACCACAAUCCACAGCUCCAGGAUCCACUCCAGGAUCAGCACCAGGAUCCACAGCUCUGGGAUCCACUCUGGAAUCGGCACUGGGAUCCACAGCACCGGGAUCACCGGGAUCCACAGCACCAGGAUCAGCCACACCAGGAUCGGCACCAGGAUUGGCACUGGAAUCAGCACCAGGAUCCACAGCUCCAGGAUCCACUCUGGAAUCAGCACCGGGAUCCACACCGGGAUCAGCACCUGGAUCCACAGCUCUGGGAUCCACUCUAGGAUCAGCACCGGGAUCCACAGCACCGGCAUCGGCACCGGGAUCAGCCACACCAGGAUUGGCACUGGGAUCAGCACCAGGAUCAGCACUGGGAUCAUCAGGAUCGGCACCCGGAUCAACAGCAGGAUCCACUCUGGGAUCGCUAGGAUCGCCGGGAGCUGCACUGGGAUCAGCAGCAGGAUCCGGACUGGGAUCAGCACCAGGAUCCACACCGGGAUCUGCAGCAGGAUCAGCACUGGGAUCAACACUGGGAUCAUCAGGAUCAUCACCGGGAUCAUCGGGAUCCACACCGGGAGCCACACUGGGAUCAGUGGGGUUGGGAUCAGGAUCCUUGGGAUCCUUGGAGUUGAAAUCAGGAUCAGCCAGAUUGGGGUUGGGAUCAGCAGGAUCAGCAGUGGGAGCAGCACUGGGAGCAGCGGAAGCAGCGGGAUUGGGAUCAGCAGGAUCGGGAAUCCUUCCCUAAAUCCCUCCCAAAUCCUCCAUUCCCUCGGGGAUCCCUCCUUUCCCUUGGGAACGCUUCCUGUGCUGGAACCCUUCCCUGCAAUCCCUUCCCUUCCCAAACCUUCCCCUCCCUUCCCUGAAUCCCUUUGGAGUCCAUCC